UACAAACGGACCACCUGUAUAUAAAAGGGUACGGAAAUUCAAAAAUACUAAGAUAUUUUUAAAGAUCAACUGAGUCGAAGUGAAAAACCUCGUUUUAAAUUCAAUUAUAAAUAAAAUGUUCAAGAACUUGGGUUGUUUUCAAAUUUGAACCCAUAAAUUUAAUCUGCACAGUUUUUGAAGGAAGUUAUUUUUAAAACUCUCCGGGUGUUUUAAUAAAUUAACAUUCACGUGUACAACAAGUGUUUAAUGAUUUGUAAAACGUCGGAAAAGAAAUAUACUAAAAAUACGUACGGCGCGGUCUUUGUCCUGUUCAUCCUGUUGGGGCUAUAAAAGCAGAAUCUUGGAGGAAGAAGUUUAUUUUGUUAUACCACAUCAAAGAGAUUGGAUGAUUUAAAAAGUAUUACUUAUUUUUUAUAACAUAUUAGAAUUUGUUUUAAGGUCAAGGAUAAGUAUUAACUUAUUAAUCUUAUCGGGAAUUAUUUAACAAAAAAACUUAACCUAAAAAUCUAAAGUCAUCUUUACCCGGUGAGUUAUUUAUUAAAAUAUGGCAAAUUCUACGGAAAUCACCGAAAUCUCCAACAACAAAAUGUUCGGGGGCCACCAAAAAAUAUUCUCCCAUAACUCCAAAACCGUGGGUUGUGUUAUGAAAUUCGCCGUUUAUUUACCACCACAAGCUGAUGAGAAAAAAGUUCCAGUUAUUUAUUGGUUAUCAGGUUUAACAUGUAAUGAGCAAAAUUUUAUUCAAAAAUCUGGAGCUCAAAAAUAUGCAGCUGAACAUGGAGUAAUUCUUGUAGCUCCAGAUACUUCACCAAGAGGUUUAAACAUUCCCGGUGACUCCGAAAGCUGGGAUUUUGGAGUUGGUGCUGGGUUUUAUGUUGAUGCCACCCAAAAACCGUGGAGUGAAAAUUAUAAGAUGUUUAGUUAUGUAACUAAAGAAUUAGUAGAGAUUGUUAAAACAAAUUUUCCUAUUUUGGAAGGGCAACAAUCAAUUAUGGGGCAUAGUAUGGGAGGUCACGGGGCGUUAAUUUGCGCAUUGAAAAACCCAGGUUUAUAUAGAAGCGUAUCCGCUUUUGCUCCCAUUUCGAACCCUAUCAAUUGCCCAUGGGGCGAAAAAGCUUUUUCUGGAUAUCUCGGCCCGAAAGAAACCGGAAAUUGGGAAGAAUGGGAUGCCACUGAGUUGGUAAAGAAAUACAAUGGACCAUCUUUAAUAAUUCUAAUUGAUCAAGGCAGUGCGGAUGAAUUUUAUGCAAAAAAACAACUUCUCCCCGAAAAUCUUCUCUCUGCUUGUCAAUCUUCAAACGUUCCAGCAAUUUUAAAGCUUCGCGAUGGUUACGAUCACAGUUAUUAUUACAUCGCUAGUUAUAUUGGUGAUCAUAUUGAAUAUCACAUGCAAAAUUUAUCACUCUGAGAUACGAAGAAUGGAGAUGGGCCAGCUUCCCGUUUUUACAGCUUGGUUUUUCUCCCACUUUUUUACGAUGCAGAUUUUUGUUUAUGUUGAUUAAUGUUGAUUUAAUAAUAAAGAAAAGACACAUAAUAAAAGUUUUAUUAAAUAA